AUGAGCAUGCAGGAUUCGAUGGACAUUGACACUCCGGUACCUUUGGUACCAAUAAAGUAUGUCAAUAACCGGGUUCAAUUCACAAUUCGUCGUUCGUCGUCGGCGCCAGACUUGGGCAAGAAAACCAGAGAAGAUUAUCAUUCCAAGAAGACUGGCUAUAUCUACGAAAGUGCAAUGCUUGCUCAUGUUCAUCCAACGGAGGAUCAUCCCGAGCGACCGGCGCGUAUCCUGGUUAUCUUCCAGGAGAUGCAGGCAGAAGGCUUAAUAACUAGAGCAAGAUCCAUACCUUUCAACCCAGUACUACGGAGAGAGGCUUUGCUGGUGCAUUCAGAGGAUCACUGGAACAAGGUCGAGCAAAUUGCCCAGAUGACAAGGGAAAACAUCUUGGAAUCGGUGGCAUACUAUGAGGGUCUCUCGUUAUACGUUUCACCAGCAACGACACAUGCAGCCAAGUUGAGCUGUGGAGGCGUCAUCGAAGCUUGUAGAGCUGUUGCAAGUGGCACUAUAAGGAAUUGUUUCGCUAUCGUCCGACCUCCUGGCCACCAUGCGGAACCAGACGAACAUAUGGGCUUUUGCUUCUUUAACAACUGCGCAGUUGCAGCACGAGCCAUGCAGGUAGAGAGGAAAGCAAAAAAGGUUCUCAUUCUUGACUGGGAUGUGCAUCACGGAAAUGGGACACAAAAGGCAUUCCUCGAUGAUCCCACGGUCCUCUACAUCUCCCUUCAUCGAUUUGAUAUUUACCCGGGUGGCCAAUUUGGUGCCGUGACAUCCUGUGGUGAAGGACCAGGGCUAGGAUACUCUGUCAACAUUGCUUGGCCAGGAGGUGGAAUGGGUGACGCAGAUUACCUGUACGCCUUUCAAAAGGUCGUCAUGCCGAUAGCGGUCGAGUUUGCGCCUGAUUUGGUCAUUGUCUCUGCUGGGUUUGACGCUGCACGAGGGGAUGACCUAGGAGAGUGCGAUGUGACUCCAGCGGGAUAUGCUCACAUGACCCAUAUGCUGUCGUCUCUCGCAAACGGAAAGCUCGUGGUUGCACUGGAGGGUGGUUACAACCUCGACUCCAUUCGAAAUUCUGCAGUCGCCGUUAUGAGGGUGCUAAUGGGAGAGGCCCCGCCGUACUUGCUUCCUAUGGUGGCCAGCAAGGCCGCGACCGAAACCGUCUAUCAAACUGCAAGAGUUCACGCACGCUAUUGGAAUAAUCUUAAUGCUCCGCCGCUGGAUGCGCGUGCAAUCGAGGAUUCUCCUAUAUCAACUGAUAUUCCGACGCUACUGAAGAAUAUCGGGCUCGACAGCUUUAUACACAUUGCGAACUCUAUCGAAUUCCAAUCGCCGACCAGGAAUUGA